UAGAAUAUUAGUACAAAGUUUUACUUAGUCUGAGAAGAAACAAGAAACCCAGCAUAGGGGAAAACGCAUUCUUCUUCUUCUUCUUCUUUUUCUUCUUAGUCUAUAGAUUAUGCCAUUUGGGGUUUUUCUCUGAGACAUUGAUUCUACCUCCAAAGCUGAAACCUUUUUCUCUUUUGACUCUCACCCAAAACCCUUAUUUCUUCUUCCAUGCUGUUCUUGUUCUCUUUCUAGAACACCAAUGGUAGGAGACAUGUGUUUCCUCUACAAGGAUAUUCUUGUUAUAAAGCCUCCCAAGAAAUCCCCAAUGUUGUUAAGGAUGGCGGUUUUUAUGUUUUCAAUGGUCAGCGUUGUUUCAAUCUUCUAUGUAUGUAUAAAGCAGAUAGGUACUGAAGCGAGGACUAUGUUUACGGACUUCAAAGUCAUUGGUAACCUUACUCAGAGUAGAGUGAAGCAAAUGAAUCCUAACAUACUACAUUAUCCCGAACCAUUAUCCUUUAGCAGGAAUGAGUGUGCUCCUAAUCCUGUCAUGUUUUUUGCAAUAUUGUCGAAUCAGAGAUCGGGCAGUGGGUGGUUUGAGACCCUUUUGAAUAGCCACAUUAAUGUGAGCUCGAACGGCGAGAUAUUUUCUAUUAGAGAGAGAAGGAGAAAUGCUUCUUCCAUUUUGAAGACUUUGGAUAGAGUAUACAAUUUGGACUGGCUCAAUAGUGCUUCCAAGAAUGAAUGCUCUGCAGCAGUUGGACUCAAGUGGAUGCUCAAUCAGGGAUUAAUGGAGCACCACAAGGAAAUAGAAGAGUACUUCAAGCGUAGAAGCGUUUCUAUCAUAUUUCUUUUCAGGAGAAACUUACUACGCAGAAUGGUAUCUAUGCUAGCCAAUUCCUAUGACAGUCACGCCAAGCUAUUGAAUGGAACACAUAAAUCUCAUGUACACUCUGCAGAAGAGGCUGAUAUUCUUUCAAAGUACAAGCCUAUCAUAAAUUCUACAUCAUUGGUGGACGACUUGAAGGACAUGGAGAUGAAAUCUGCAACCGCAUUACAAUACUACAAUAGCUCUCGGCAUAUGAUCCUUUACUACGAGGAUCUUAUGAGAAAUCACACUAAGCUAAACGAUGUGCAAGAGUUUUUAGGAUUGCCACAAAUGGAGUUAACGAGCCGUCAAGUUAAGAUACAUAAAGGACCAUUAUCAGAUCAUAUUCAGAACUGGGACGAUGUUAACAACGCGUUGACAGGAACUGAAUAUGAGAGUUUCCUUGAAGCUGACUAUUAGGUCACGGUCUCUUCUAACCAUAGUUAAAGUUGUACAUUCCAACUUCACUUCCUAUGCAGCAUGAUGUUUUAGCUUGAGGGCAUGUUAGAUGUUCAACCCGUCAAUAUCCUACACCAACACGACACCGAUACCUCACUUCAUGAAAAGCCUGGAGAGUUUGGGUUUGAUUCUGGAACACGAUUGCGGUGUUUCUGAAGCCUUUUCUUGUCACCACAUCCUAAUUGAUGAAAUGAAUACCUAUGAUUAUUAUAAUAAUGGCUUUUCUUCUGAGUUAACAUGGAUAUAUGCCACUGCCACCUAAUUAGUUUAUGUAAGGUAGAGCUCAAAUCAUUUUUUGUGUGAUUAGUUUAGAUUGAAAAAUAUUAGGUCUCACUGAAGUUUAUUCUAACCUAGUUAAAUUUUUCCAACAGUUAUUGUUGGAUGAAUUUAUACAAAUCUCACUAAAAAACCAGUGAUUAUAAAUGUAUUAGAAAAGAUAUGCUGCGAAAAAGAGUUCUUAUGUUUAUACUGGUAGUGAUGUUCUCUAUUUC